GUAAGUAACAAUAGAAUCAUUUCAUGUCGGUCGCCGAAGCAACAGUCUCGCCGCUAGAGUGCGCCUCUUUCGUGUCCGACUUCAAAGUGAUGCUGGCGGAAACCUAUCUGGACUUCAGUGCUCUACGAAGAAGUCUGGGGAGUCUCGUCUCGACCUCAACCUCAAGAUAGUUGCAGCACUGACAGUUAAUAUAAAACAGCAAGAAAUCUCUAAUUUGCCUGAACCGCACAAUGAUAUGGGAUUUACAAAAAUGGGAGAGGAGGUUGAGUCUCUUGCAAGAUUCCUUGGCGUGGUGAAGUAAACUGGAUUGUCCAGAAGAGCUAACGAUCUACAUUCCUAUUUGAUGGUAAAGAGCACGAUGUCGUUCCCCCUAUGUGUUAGCCUGUGGAUGCUCCUGGCUGUUCACUGCCAUGCUGGAGCUGUGAAGAACUGCCACCCAAGCUGCCACUGUGAGGUGGAGAGCUUUGGCUUGUUUGACAGCUUCAGCCUGACCAGGGUGGAUUGCAGGGGAGUGGGCACCAGUCCCAUCCCCAUCCCCCUGGACACUGCCCACCUGGACUUGUCCUCCAACUCCAUGUCCCUGCUGACCGACACUAUGCUCUCUGGACCUGGCUAUACCACCUUGGUCAGCCUGGACCUCAGCAACAAUCGCAUAUCCAUGGUCAGCCCCAAGGCCCUGUCCAGGCUGCGCUACCUGGAGUCUCUGGACCUCAGCCACAACUCUCUGGAGAGCCUGGAUGGGGGCUGCUUCUCUGGCCUCCCUCUGGCUGAGGUUGACCUCAGCCACAACCACUUCCGGGAGUUUGACCUCGACAUGUUCAUCACUAAAGGUCAUGGAGAGCCAAUCAACGUGGAUCUGUCCCACAAUCAGCUGACUGUGGUCUCCAGGAGUUCCUCUAGGAGCCCCUUGCUACAUGUCCAGAGCCUGACUCUAGCAGCCAACCAGCUGAGGGCCGUGCCUAAGCUCAAAGGCAUCCUGUUGAGGGACCUAUGCCUGGAUGGGAACAGUAUCUCCCACAUUGAGGAGGGGGCCUUUGAGGACCUCAAGGACCUGGUUCGCCUAUCCCUCAGUGCGCUUCCUGAGCUCUUUGACAUCCAGCCUAACAGUUUCAGAGGCCUUCAGAACCUUCAGGUCUUGGACCUGUCCAACAACGCCAAGCUAAAAGCACUGAGCCCAGCUGUGUUCAGUGGACUUGUGUCUCUACAGGAGCUCAAUCUGUCCAACUCUGGAGUAACAUCAUUGCCAAAUAACAUGCUAAGCCACUUGCCAAGUAUCAAGAGUAUUACCCUGGGCCAGAAUAUCCAUUGUUGGAGGGCUCAAAAGCAGGGGCAGUUUCACAGGCAGCUUGGACAGGAACAGAAACAUGACGAGGUGCUAACCUGUGACGUUAAAGGCAUUGUGUCGUGAUUGUGUUGGGAUUAUUGCCUUCAGUAUGGACAUCUAACUAGCACAUUAGUGCUAAAACUGUGCCUUAUAUCACUAUAUGCAAAGAACACUUUUUGUUAUUGCCGCCAAACAUGAUAAUUACUAUUUGAACAGUUUUGUUUAAAUUUUAAUUAAAUGUGUGUUUUGCUUUUAUUCCAAAGGCCUGAGGUAUUUAUUUCAAUCCACUGUUGAGACACUAUCAUGUCACGCUUGCUAUGCAUAAAUCAUGUAUUUCAAUUACAGUAAUAUCCAUCCAUGCUAUUACUAGCUUGUUAUCUUCAAACCAUUUAGCUUUUCCUCUUCCAAUUUUUAAGGAGAUUUUAGGAUGUGGAACUAAAAAAAGAUACACAUUACUGUGCAAGGACCACUCUUAUGUCAGACCAAAAGGUAAACAUCUUAUGUAGAGUAUGUAGUUAUGUAUGUCUAGCAUAGGAGGCUGGUGGGAGGAGCUAUAGGAGGACAGGCUCAUUGUAAUGUCUGGCGUUGAAAAUAUGUAAUGUUAUCAAGCAUAUGGAAAGCACAUGUUUGACCAUGUUCCAUUUAUUCCAUUCCAGCUAUUACAAUGAGCCUGUCCUCCUAUAGCUCCUCCCACUACCCUCCUCGGAUGUCUAGUUAUCAUUUCAAUCAGAUAUUAUUGUGGACAAAUUCUCCUGCUAUCUUCCUCAGUCAUGUUUACAUGGCCUAAGACCUGGAAGCCAACAUCGCCUGUUCUGUUUCAAAGAGCUGUUACACAACGGGUUGAAAUGUGAUCUGAACAAAUCAAUGCAGAAACAAAUUCUUCAACGUCACCUAGGGGAUUUUCACUGCUCUGUUAUUGAAUCAGUUUCCCAUGACGUGACCAUUUAUUUCGAAACAUAAAAUUGGCUUCAGGCAGUUUAUUAGACACAGACAUGUUUCAUCCUGUAUUUUCUUAUCUCUUCUGACAGAAGUGUGUUUUAACUGAAACACUAUAUGUGAUGUAUUUGAUGCAUUGUAUUAUUCACUCUACUUUGAAAUUUUAUAAAUAUGUCAGCUAUUCUACAGUAUCAACUUUGGAUCUACAUUGGCCAAAAUCCUUCAGAUAUUCUGUGCAACAACAACUGCAUGUUUGAACACCUGCCUUGGUUGCUAUUCCUGUGGUAUAAUAUGGACUGAAAGAGACAUAACUGCACUUGAACUGUUUUGAAUGUUAAACAUCUGCUUAAAGAUGUUUUAUAUUUCUUUAUCAAUAGUGUAUACACUUAGUGUACAAAACAUUAAGAACACCUUCCUAAUAUUGAAUUUCACCCCUGAGAACAGCCUCAAUUCGUCGGGUCAUGGACACUACAAGGUGUCCAAAGCGUUCCCCAGGGAUGCUGGCCCAUGUUGACUCCAAUGCUUCCCACAGAUGUCAAGUUCGCUCAAUGUCCUUUGGGUGGUGGACCAUUCUGAUACACAUGGGAAACUGUUGAGCGUGAAAACCCCAGAAGCAGUGCAGCUCUUGACACUGAAAUGUUUUGUUCUGCCCAUUCACCCUCUAAAUGGCACAUGUACACAAUCCAUGUCUCUCAGGGCUUAAAAAUCAUUCUUUAACCUGUCUCCUCCCCUUCAUCUACACUGAUUAGAAGUGGAUUUGACAAGUUACAGUAAGGGAUCAUAGCUUUCACCUGGAUUCACCUGGUCAGUCUGUCAUGGAAAGAGCAGGUGUUCUUAAUGUUUUGUACAUUCGCUGUAUAACUUUGUAUAGAUGUAAAAUAGAUGGAUUAUUCUACACAUCUGUGUACUUUACAUAAAUGUAUGAACUUUUAAUUAUUUUUUUACUUUGUUUACUACCCUGUCCCCAACAGCCUUUGGCAUUCCACAAUUGCUAGGUGUGUCUGUAUUUGAAAAUAUAUAAAUUGUCUGGGUUUCAACGCA